CUGGGUUUACGGGUGAAGCCGGUUUAAUGAACAGCUGAUUUGAAUUCUUCACGGACCAUCCUACAGUUUUAUGCGGUAUUGAAGUGCUUUCUGCAGCUUGACAGGACGGAGAUAUGAAUGUUAAAGUCACGGAGUGAAUGAUGGCGUCGGGAUGGCGGCAGCCUCGAUCAGUUAGAGCUGCUUUAGUCUUUAACACCAUCAUCAUCUUCAUCAGCACCGGCGCACAGACGCACACCUGUGACCACAAAGUGCCCCUGCCCACAGAGGUCAUACAUAAAGUGUUUCUGAAGCCAGAUAGAUUGACCAAAAGAAGCACUGACCAGCAGUUAAAGAUCCAAAUAGAGUACGACUCCAGCUUGGAUUGGUUAGAUGAAGCCAAAAGCAGCCUUGUGAAGGACAAGCUCCUCCCACAGGCCAUUGAUUAUCUUCAGAAGGCCUUCAGGGUUCGUAGGCAGUCAGGUCCAAUAUUACUGAGCAGACAAUGCGCAACCAAUCAGUACCUUAGGAAAAGAGAUGAUCCACAUCGCUACUGUCAGGGACCGUGUGCAGACAUCACUAAGUGUGGCCCAGUUGUUGUCCCUGAACAACAUUUGCAGCAAUGCAGGGUUUGCAGUGAGUCUGGCAAGUCAUGCGGCCCCGCUGGUCCUCCUGAUGGUGAGGGGGUGGUCAGGGCUGAUUUUGUGUUGUAUGUGAGUGCGAUGACCACAGAGCGUUGUGGACAAGAGAACAUCGUAGCCUAUGCAGCAUACUGCCAGCUGGAGUCUGAACUGGACAGGCCCAUCGCUGGAUAUGCCAAUCUGUGUCCCAAUAUGAUCUCUACUCAACCUCAGGAGUUUGAAGGGAUGCUGUCCACAGUCAAACACGAGAUCAUACAUGCCCUGGGUUUUUCUGCGGGACUCUUUGCGUUUUACCAUGAUGAUGAUGGGAAACCUUUGACACCACGUUCUGCAAGUGGUCUACCUGCAUACAAUGAAAGUUUAGGGUUAUAUCAAUGGAGUGAUAAAGUCAUCAAACGAGCAACCCGGCUGUGGGACAUCCGUGGAGGCCACAUGGUCAGACACACGGUCCAUCUUCUGGCCACCCCACGUGUAGUUGAGGAAGCCAGGAGACAUUUUAAUUGCCCCAUUCUAGAGGGCAUGGAACUGGAGAACCAGGGAGGUGCUGGCACAGAGUUCAACCACUGGGAAAAACGUCUGUUAGAGAAUGAGGCAAUGACUGGAUCUCACACACAGAACAGAGUGUUUUCCAGAAUUACUUUGGCCAUAAUGGAGGAUACAGGGUGGUACAGGGCCAAUUAUAGUGUGGCGGAGAACUUGGAGUGGGGAAGAGGUUUGGGUUGCGACUUUGUGAUGAAAAGCUGUAAAUUCUGGAUAGACCAACAUCGCCAUACGAGGCCAACCCUGAGCCCAUACUGUGAUUCUGUGAGGAGCGCACCUCUACAGCUCACCUGCAGGCAGGACCAGCUGGCAGUGGCCGUGUGCAAUCUGCAGAAGUUUCCUCAUGCGCUUCCUGCAGAGUAUCAGUACUUUGACCGUAUCCCUGGUGUCCCUGAGGAAGAUUUACCAGCAUACGGAGGGGCCGUAGAGAUCGCAGACUACUGUCCUUUUAGCCAGGAGUUUAGUUGGCAUGUGGGUGGGGAAUACCAGCGCAGCUCUUACUGCAGGAUACAGGAGAACCAGCCAGCCACAUGGAGAAACUAUGGGGCGGAACAGUAUGGCCCGGGAUCAGUGUGUCUGUACCAGAAGUCACCAUUUGUAAUGGAGCAGUGCACCAAAAGAAUGACCUACCCAGACUGGGGCAGUGGUUGCUAUAAGGUGUCUUGUACAGCCCAAGGGUUGUCGGUCUGGGUGCAGAAUGAGUCCUAUCCAUGUGUUCGUACUGGUCAGGUUAUCAGCAUGAGCAUACGAAUGAAUGAAUGGGUCUACAGUGGACAGCUCAUCUGCCCAACCUGCUCUGACUUCUGCAGCGUCUGCCCCCUCCCUCAUGAGAUCCCCCCUCAAAACACCACCAAGAGUGCCCGCUUAGAUCCUUGUUCCAGGUCUUCUUGUUUGGUGGUGAACUUAUGGCAGCUCCUGUUAACUCUUACUCCACUGCUGAUCGGCUUCCUGCUUUGUGGCAGGGACUGAAUUUGUUCCCAGUUGAUUGGGUGAAUAUGGAUGCCUUGAUAUGCUACAGGCUUCCCUUGAGAUUUAGCUGCUCUGGAGAGCAAAACGGCAAUCAUUUCCAUAGUGUAGUCUGUGAUCUGAUAACUGUUCUCUCUAUGUGGAGGUGUGGACUGUAGGUGGGAUUGAAAAGCCAUUGAUUGCACUCCUCCUUGCCUGGCUGUCAGGUGCCAGCGAGCUAUUGAUCCAAUGUGAAGCCAUAGUCAUGCAAGUUACGGUUAUGCAGGUGCUAAUUAAUGUUCUCUUUGACUCUCUGAUGGACCCGUAGCAUUUUGGGUCAUGAAAUAGGCAUCUGGUUGAGAAUGAUGGGAGAUAUUCACCUCUCGUCUUCUGCUCAUGGUGCUUCUCUGUUGUUACGUGAAAUUACUUGCUGGAAAUGUUUUGAUCAGCGUAUAUCAGGUCAUGUGACUGACGAUGCUUGUGAUUUUGCAUGGAGAAGUGCAAGUGAGAUCUCUUUUAAGGACCGUGCAAGUGCUGGUUUUUAAUUGUUUUUAUUUUUAAAUAAUUUAUAGAAAUUUGAAUAUUGCUGUUGUACAAGAUACAUAGUUUAGAAAGGGUUUAAAUGUGUUUUAAUUUAAUAAUACGCAGUUGGAUCCAGAAGUCUGAGAUUACAUUAAAAAUCUGGGAUAUUUUUUUUUAAUUUACAGGAAAACAACAUUUUUGAAUUUUGUGAGAUUUCAAAAAUAAAUAAAAAUAUGAUGUAAAAUGAAGACACAAUUUUCUAGGUCACUAAAAGUUGACAUUGAUCAUGGGUCUCUUUAUACUGACAAGUCAGAUGUUCUUGCUUCCAUUGAAGCAAAAGAUGCUCUUUGUAUCAUUCUCAAAUCAUGCUGGAGAACAUAAGUUUACACACAUUCUCAAAUUCACGAGCAGCUCGAGUCCAUUUUUAUCAUUAAGAUACCAUUGUAGUUUUUAAAAUAUAUUUUAAAUUAAUUUUUAUUUUAAUAUUUUGUUUUCAGUUUUAGUCUUUUUGCUGUGAUUUUUGUGAUUUUUAUUUACUUUUUAUUUUAUUUCAGUAUAAUUUUUAGUUUUUUUUUUUUUUGUUAUUCUUAGUUUAACUAAAUGAAAAGAAUGUUGCCGUGGCAACUUCUAUUAAUUUGAUUUGAAGUAACAAUGGUUUUAGUUAACUAUAAUAACCCUGGCUCGAGUGCUGGAUGACAACGGAUGACAAACUAAAUAUUCUUAAAUUUCUUUUAAUUUUUAAUUUUACUUUUCACUCAGAUUAUGUUUAUUAUAUCAUUUUUUUUUUAGACAUUUUGUCCUAAAUUAAAUACUGCAAAAUACUGCAUUUUCAUUAGUGGUCUCAGACUUGUGGACUUUGUGGUACGUGUGCGAUUUAGUUUUAUUGCAAUUAGUUAUUUGACAUACUGUCAUACUGAUUCUGUUUACCUUGAAAUGUGUUGCCAGAUUUUGGUCCUAAAGGGCUGUCCUACCAAGGCUGCAGAUCUUUAUAGACUUUGUCUUAUAACAAUCAACUCACUAAAAGCCCUUGAGAAAAGUGCUUUUUAUAGACCUUUAUAUGAGAUCAGAUGACAUUAGCGUGAUUAUCAGUAUGAUUAGUAUCUUUUUUGUUUAUUAUUUUUAUAGUGCUAAUAUAAAAUUUGUCACGGUGUCAAUUCACUCUUUUAUCCAAC